AUGAGUCAAGGAUAUGUGCCUCCGGGGCAAUUUGAGGACCUGCUCAACCUUAUCCGUCAAGCCUCGGCAGCGUCGGAGCGCGCCAUGAAUGCUGCAAAGUAUGCAGAGAUGGCUGCAUCUGCUGCUGGAGCUGCCGGCCAGCAGGCUGUUGUUCGGGCCAUGCACAUGGCUAAUGCCCCUGGUGCUCCAACAGCAGCACCGUUUUCGCCUGGAGCUCCUGAUCCGGGAGUAGGCUUGGUCGCCAAUUGUGUCGAGAAGAUUGAGAACCUGGAGACCAACACAAACCUUGUGCAUUUGGAGCUCUAUCAGAACAUGGUGAAGAAAAUCGAGAACAUCAGCCAUUUGCGAAACCUCACGGUGCUGGACUUGUCAUUCAACAAGAUCCGCAGCACAGAGCCACUGGCAGCUUGUCCGUUCGAGUACCUGGAGAACUUGUACUUGUCAAGCAACAAGAUUGUGGACGUGGAGGGCAUCUUCCAUUUCACCCAGUUGAAGAUGUUGGAGCUUGGAUCCAACAGGAUCAGAGCCAUCCCCGAGCAGGUUUCGUCCCUUGUGAAUUUGAAAGAGCUUUGGCUGGGCAAGAACAAGAUUACAAGCAUGUCUUUGCCAGUACUGCCUGCCCUGCGACAUCUCAGCUUGCAAAACAAUCGACUGGAGUCUUGGGAGCCUUCGUUUUUUCGCAAUCUUGCUGGCCUGACCCACUUGUACCUCGGCCAUAACAACCUGCCUGACCUUCCUGACGAGUUUGCUUUGCUGACAGAUUUGGUUGAAGUGGACUUAGUGAGAAAUGCCAUCACUCAGAUAAAGCCCAUUCCAGAGUUGCAGAAGCUGCAAGAGCUUUGGAUGAACGACAACAAGAUCGAGGACCUGGCGCAGAUUGCCAACCUGGCAUCCUUUCCUUCGUUGAAAACCAUAUAUCUGGAGCGGAAUCCAAUGCAGGAUUUGGGGAACAAGCAAGCGGAAGAGAGGUACCGCGAGGCGAUCCUUCAAGCAGUCCCCUACAUCGAGCAACUUGACGCCGAACGCUUGAAUGUUGAGUUGAAAGUCAUUAGUGAUGGAACAGAGCGACAGGUGAUGGGCAUUCGGCGAGCCUAG